AUGACUUUGAGGAUAUGGUUGCGGAAGCAGAAGGUCUUUUAUCUGAUUGUCGGUGUUAUUUGUGUUGCAGUGCUACUCUUCAGUGCUGGCUCUCGACGCGUCAUUGGAUCUAUAUUCCUUGGGGAUUUGUGCGGGGAAUAUGACAAGGAUCGCUCCAAAUCCUUCCGCGAAACGGUCGCCAAAUACCGAAAGCCCGAUAUGGCCGACAUCCACCCCCAGGCUUCGAGGGCUGAGGCGCGAGACGAUUGGGAUGAACAAGUGGAGCCCCAGUGGUUCUCUUCCCCUGGUCACCAAUUUAUGGGGGUCGUGAAAACCGCUUGUCCUCCUGAGUCCCCUGCCCGGGCUACAAACAUGACCAUCGGAGACGCAGACCAAUUAUACAAGACAUAUAUUAAGGGCUUUGUUCGCAACUUCAACCUAUCCACAGACCUGUGCACGACUCCCGCUACGACUACGACCCCCACUCCGACCUGCGAUGGCGAAACAAAGCCGACACCCUCGUCUGGCGCGGCGUUCCCUCUGGCGGCGUCGUCACAGCAGAUAACUGGCAAACGCCUGCACCGCCAACGACUCGUCCUCCUGACCAACGCAACCCUAAACUACGAGAAAACCUCAAUCCUCUCCAAGAACGCCCAAGACACGUACAAACCAACAAUCCACUUCAACGCCUCCAGCUUCGCCCACCACCACUUCAACUUCGGAUUCACAGAAUUUUGGCCCUGCGAACCCAGCCACUGCCCCUUCUACAACGGCGUAUUGGGCUUGAAACCACCCAUCUCCCUAACUGAGCAGCUCAAAUCUAAAUACCUAGUUGACGCUACGAUCUUCCGAGAAUGGCAUGACUCGCGGCUAUUUGCGUGCAGACAUGUUGUGCCGUUGGAUAACCGUGUGCCGUUGGAUAACUGGUACGAUGAUCUAUACUCACUGAUGGCGUAUUUUAUUGGGACGGGUAAAUUGUCAGAGAAGAAUGAGCAGGAGGGGUAUAUGCCCAGUCAUGACUUUGAGGCGAGGAUGAUUGCGUCGCAGAGUCGUGAUAGGGCGAAGAAGGUGCUUCGUGAUGAAGAUAUUGAGGUGUACAUGCUACUUUUGUUGCUGGAGUAUGGGUGGGUUCUUGAUGAUAAUCGAGAUACUAUUGAAUAUAUGGGGGAUGGGGGUGAGUUGGAUCGGUUUGUUUUGCAUUACUAG